GUUCCGCCAUUGUGAACGUGCACCAUGCUGCCCAGCUAUCACAACAAACAUACCCGUGGAUGACGUGCUGACCUGUGCGCAGGACGUAGAUGGGCUGCUGUCAAACGGCAGAACGGGGCCCAAUUUAAGGUGUUCUAGUGGGGCACAACAAAACACCACGCACCGACUGUCGCUUAUUCCGAAGGUCGCGUAGUUCCAGCACCCGCGAUCAGUCACCACCGGAUUGGGCGAACCUAGGAGAAUUCUAAGCGCGGUUGUUUACACCACCCCGGUCACGUAGAGCGUAGCGUGCCGAAAUUAGCACACCUGUUCAUAUGCUACACACGUCCGGCAGCAUGAAGCGAUGAGCAUACACUUACCGUACGCGAAUCACAGCACAACAGCACCAACGACGCAGUACCGAAAAUGACAUUCCCGUCGAAAUACAGCUUCAUCAAACCGAAGACGUUGCUGCUGUUACCCGCACCGAAGAAACAGCCGGCCCCGAGGUAUCCGUAUGUGUUGGCCGGUGGUGUGUUGGUGCUGCUGCUCGUCAUCUUAUGGCUUGCUGGAUUUCGGGUCCGUGGCCCUAUCGUCGGUGAGCGACUGUCGCUCGAUCUGGGCGAUAUACCGCAGGUGGUGCUGGAUAAGGAGGCAGAGCUGGCACGGGCCCGCAACCGGAACUGCUCAUACUGGGACUGCUUCAACGUGUACCGGUGUGGGCAGCGUGCUUCUUCCGCGCUGGACGAUGCGGACGACGGUGAGCGGAUCUCGAUCUACGUGUACCCGCUGAAGGAGUACGUGGAUGCGGACAGCAGACGACCGGCGGGACAGCUAACGCGCGAAUUCUACCGCAUCGUGCAGACGAUCGUCGACAGCCCGUACUACACGGCGAACCCGAACGAAGCGUGCCUGUUUGUGCCGACGCUCGACACCCUCAACCAGAACCGGAUCGAUACGACACUCGUCGGGAAGGCACUGGCCUCACUGCCGCACUGGGAAAACGGGGAGAACCAUCUGAUAUUCAACUUCAUCGCCGGUACCAAGCCCGAUUAUAGCACGGUGCUGGAUGUUAACACGGACCGGGCCAUUAUCGUCGGGGCCGGUUUCGAUAGCUGGACGUUCCGGACCGAGUUCGACGUGUCCGUGCCCGUGUACAGUGCGGCACUGGAGCAGUACCGGUGGCCCGUACCACCACCGGACCGUUCCGUGCUGCUGGUGGCCGCCCAGCUCAAUCUGUACCCGCGCCAGUUUCGCAUGCUGCAGGAGCUAACGUACGACUACCCGACCGAUAUGCUGCUGCUGCAGCGCUGCCCAACCGCCACGGCCAAGAUGGACGAGGUGCUGGACAUAGCGCAAACCGGUGAGGAAUCGUCCCGUCCACCGGCGGGCAGCGCCCAGGACAUACGGUGUAACUUCCCGCACGGUAACGAGCACGAGUAUCCGGCCGUGCUGGCCACCGGGACGUUCUGCCUGGUGGCACGCGGUGUACGGCUUGGCCAACCGAUACUGCUCGAAGCGAUGGCAGCCGGCUGCAUACCGGUCGUGAUGGCGGACAACUACGUCCUGCCGUUUGCCGAUCUGCUCGACUGGGAGCUGCUCGCGAUACGGUUGCACGAAUCGAACCUGCACACAAUCGUUCCGCUUCUGCGUGCCAUUUCAUCCGAACGGAUUGCCGAGAUGCAGGCACAGAUACGGUCCGUGUACCAGCGCUAUUUCGCCACGCUCGACCGGAUCGUGCUAACCGUGCUGGAGCAACUGAACGAUCGAAUCUUCCCGCACCGUAGCCACACCUACCUGCACUGGAACGUUGGACCGGAAGCACGUGUCACGCAGAACCCACUGUUCCUGCCGCUGAUCGCACCGAAAGCGCAAGGGUUCACCGCGGUCAUACUGACGUACGAUCGGCUGGAAAGCCUGUACAUACUGAUCCAAAAGCUGGCCACCGUACCGUCCCUCCAGAAGAUGCUGGUCGUGUGGAACAACCAGCGCAAGGCACCGCCCCAUCCGUCGCUCUUUCCCAAGAUUGGUAAACCGCUCAAAAUCAUCCAGACGGCGGCGAACCGACUGUCGAACCGGUUUUACCCGUACGAAGAGAUCGAAACGGAAGCGAUCCUAACGAUCGACGACGAUAUCGUGAUGCUGACGGCGGACGAGCUUGACUUCGGGUACGAGGUGUGGCGCGAGUAUCCGGACAGGAUAGUUGGCUUCCCGAGCCGUACGCACGUGUGGGACAACGGUACCGGGCGGUGGCGGUACGAGUCCGAGUGGACGAAUCAAAUCUCGAUGGUGCUAACCGGAGCCGCCUUCCACCAUAAGUACUGGAGCUACCUGUACACGCACGCGAUGCCGGGCAACAUCAAGGAGUGGGUCGACGAGCACAUGAACUGUGAGGACAUUGCGAUGAACUUUCUCGUCAGCAACGUUACGAACAAACCGCCGAUAAAGGUAGCGCCGCGCAAAAAGUUUAAAUGUCCCGAGUGCACGAACAACGAGAUGCUGUCGGCGGACCUGAACCACAUGACCGAACGGUCCGCGUGCAUUAAUCGGUUCGCGGAGAUUUACGGCACGAUGCCGCUGCGGACGGUUGAGUUUCGGGCCGAUCCGGUACUGUUUAAGGAUAACUUCCCGGAGAAGCUGAAGCGUUUCAACGACAUCGGCAGCUUGUAGGGUGGGGUGGGGUGUGCAGUGAAGCCAGCAGCGGCGAAUCAUUCACCACGGGCGCCAUAUUGAUUAGUAUUAGGAAGCCACGGUUGGGAAGGAAGGGUUUCUAUUUUUAAUCUGUAUAUUUGUUUUAGGGUUUCUGUCUGUAGGUGUGGUACAUGUGUGGCCAUUUUCGUGACCGUUGACCGGCUGGCUUUGAUUGAGCUUAUUGUGUACAUCAGUUUUUACACAUGUAUACAAUGUAGCAAUAUAGCGAAGCUUUAGCUACUGAUCUGUAGGUUUUAAGGAUAGUUUAAGCGAAGAUAAUGGGAUAUUUUAGCGCCUUCUGACGAGGGUGUGAACUACACCCGAUAAUGAGUUAUAGAAACACAGAUAAUCCGUGAUUAGCUUAGACAGUGUGACAGUGAGUCUAUUAGUUUUGCAUAAGAUUUAAUUGAGCCAAAAAAAAAAACAGUCAGUGCAGCUUUACAAUAGGGACUUUAUCUUCUAAGGACUCUGCCUGUCCGGCUCACCUCUUCUACUAGUUGUCGACGAGUGUCGGGCACAGUCUUUUUGUCUAUCUUCGAUGGUGAAGGUGCUCAAUCUGCUACCUUUUUUUCUCUGUGAUUUUCAGCGUCUCCCAACCAACAACAGCAACGAGCUGAGUGACCGAUCGCGGUGAGGAUCCCAUCGCUAAUCCAUGUACAAGAUAUCGUCGGGGUGCUAGCCAACCCGGCUCUCUUGUGUGUAGGAGCUGUAUGGGAUCGUCUACGGCCAUCGUCUUAGGGUGAGUCUUGCUAAUUGCUUCAUCAACCGGUCUUUUAACCCGCUCUAGUACCCUUUUCGCUGCAAAGCUUUGUCCAUAUAACGGUAAUUACAACGCUAUUAAAUUAAGAACCACUAACAAAGAGCUUUCCUGUUGUAACUCUUGGGUUUUUCUUGUUGGUUUAAGUUAACGUUAGGUGCUUAGGAAUCAGCCAGCCCGAUCUAUGGCAGGUAUAAAUAAAAACCCGAGAUUCACUCCACCACCUCCUAACUAAGUAAUGCUUUAUGGGUCUAUCCAAUUACGAUCAAAAUUAUGAUAAUAAAUGUGUAUAUACGACAAUACGGCGUCAAGCCGUAAUCCUUAAAAUAUAAAAAA